AUGAGUUCCAUGUUGUCAACUGCUUCUAGAGCCACUACGAAGGCAUCAUCUGCCAUCCGCUGUAGUUCUAGGCUUCAUUUUUCUACAUCGAGGGUUCAAUGCGAAGAGGAAGGUGAAGGACGAAAGACCAAAUUUAACAAGUAUUCGUGGAUCAUCACCGAACCAAAAUCCAAUGGUGCCGGUCAGGCUCAGCUCUAUGCUACAGGUUUCAAGAAGGAGGACUUCAGUAAGGGCCAAGUUGGUAUUGGCUCGUGCUGGUGGUCCGGUAACCCUUGUAACAUGCACUUGCUUGGCUUGAACAAUCUGUGCAGAGAUUCCGUUGAAAAGGCCGGUCUUAAGGGUAUGCAAUUCAAUACCGUUGGUGUGUCUGACGGUAUGUCUAUGGGUACUACCGGUAUGAGAUAUUCUUUACCCUCGCGUGAGGUCAUUGCCGAUUCUUUCGAGACUAUCAUGCAAGGUCAACACUAUGAUGCCAACAUCGGUAUCCCUGGCUGUGAUAAGAACAUGCCCGGUGUUUUGAUGGCCUUUGCUAGACACAACAAGCCAUCCAUUAUGGUUUACGGUGGUACUAUUUUACCUGGAAAGGGCAGUUGUGCCGGCGUUGGUGACAAAUUGGAUGUGGUUUCUGCCUUCCAAUCAUAUGGUGCUUAUUUGGCACACGACAUCAGUGAAGACCAAAGAGAAGAUAUUAUACGUCAUGCUUGCCCAGGGCCAGGAUCUUGUGGUGGUAUGUACACGGCAAAUACCCUCGCCUCUGCAUCUGAGGUGAUGGGCAUGUCAUUGCCAACGUCUUCGUCUUCUGCAGCCAUUUCCGACGCAAAGAAGGCCGAAUGUCUCAACGUUGGUGAAGCUAUCAAGAAAUUGAUCAUUGAAGAUAUCAGACCUCGUGAUAUCAUGACCAGACAGGCUUUCAAGAACGCUAUUGCAUAUAUAAUUGCCGUUGGUGGUUCAACCAAUGCUGUUCUUCAUCUAAUUGCUAUAGCACACACUGCUGGCAUCAAAUUGACCAUCGAUGACUUCCAGAAGAUUUCAGACAACACCCCAUUGUUAGGUGACUUCAAGCCUUCUGGUACUCAUGUUAUGGCUGAGUUGGCCCAACUAGGAGGCACUCCUGCUGUGAUGAAAUACUUGCUUAAGGAGGGUAUAAUUACCGGAGAUGGCAUGACCGUUACUGGUAAGACUUUGAAGGAGAACCUCGCACAAUAUAAGGAUCUUCCAGAUGGACAAGACGUGAUAAGACCUGUUUCGAAUCCGAUCAAGAAGACAGGACAUUUGCAGAUCUUAAGAGGCACUCUCGCUCCAGAUGGAUCCGUUGCCAAGAUCACUGGUCACGAAGGCACUUACUUCAAGGGUAAAGCCAGGGUGUUUGACGAUGAAAGUGGGUUCAUUCAUGCUUUAGAAAAAGGUGAGAUUAAGAAAGGAGAGAAAACUGUGGUCAUUAUUAGAUACCAGGGACCUAAGGGUGGUCCAGGUAUGCCGGAGAUGUUGAAGCCAUCUUCUGCCCUUAUGGGAUAUGGUCUUGGACAGGAUUGUGCAUUGCUUACGGAUGGUAGAUUCUCCGGAGGCUCCCAUGGUUUUUUGAUUGGCCAUAUCGUGCCUGAGGCAUAUGAAGGAGGCCCAAUUGGUCUUGCUGAAGAUGGUGACGAAAUCGUCAUUGAUGCCGAUAACAACAGCAUAGAUUUGAAUGUGUCACAAGAGAUUAUGUCCCAGAGAAGAAAGCUCUGGAAGAAGCCUGCCUUAAAAUACACGAGAGGGUUCUUGUUUAAAUACUGCAAAUUAGUGUCCGAUGCCUCCAAGGGCUGUGUUCUUGAUUAUGACGGUGCCGACAAUUGA